AUGCACGUCACUUUUAUAGGCAAGUGUUUCCCUCCAGUGGCUGAAACUGCCCUUGCUACUUCGAUCUAUCUUCCCAAUAGGGGUGGACACGUGGCUUCAUUGGAAGCUCACCAAUACGACGUCGUAUGGGUUUCCUCUGGAGCCUCUCCUGGCAUAAUAAAAGCCAAAAAACAUACCCCCCAGGACGAGGUCCAAGAACAACAGCAACUUAUCCGUCCCUCGCUUUCUGUACUUCAAGUUGUUUGUUCACCCGUUAACCUUAAUCAGCCAAAAGCUAGAGAGUUUUCAUUUCAGCUGAACUUAAAAGCUGCUUUCGUUAAGCUCUACCAUGGCCUAAGCAUCUUAUGUGUUUGUUGGAUUGCUUCAAUGGCUUUCUCCUUCUGUCUCAAAUGCUAUCCUUGGUCUUUCACACACUCCAUAAUGCAGACACCGCCACCGCCUCUCAAACCCUUCACUUCUCUCUCUUUCCCGCUCCUUCAUCACCAUGACCAGCUCGUCACCCACUCCUCACUCUCCUAUUCAACCCCUGUCUCCACCCACCACCUCCCUCCAGAUUUCACUCCACAGCAGCUUCUCGACACCCUCCGUCGCCAGAACGACGAGUCAUCCGCGCUUCGCCUGUUCGACUGGGCUUCCAAGCAGCCCAAUUUUACGCCCAAUUCCACCAUAUACGAGGAGGUUCUUCGCAAGCUCGGAAAGGUGGGGUCUUUCGAGUCCAUGAGGAACAUCUUGGACGAGAUGAAGCUCGCCGGUUGCCAGAUUAGCUCAGGUACUUUCUUGAUUUUUGUUCAGAGCUAUGCGGCGUUUGAUUUGUAUGAUGAAAUUCUUGGUGUUGUGGAAAUGAUGGAAAAUGAAUUUGGAUGCAAACCAGACACUCAUUUUUACAACUUCUUGUUGAAUGUUAUUGUUGAGGGGGACAAACUUAAACUAGUAGAAACUGCGAAUAUGGGUAUGCUUAGUAGGGGAAUUAAGCCGGAUGUUUCCACGUUUAACAUUUUGAUAAAGGCUCUUUGUAGAGCUCAUCAGAUUAGGCCUGCCCUUUUGUUGAUGGAAGAGAUGUCAAACCAUGGCUUAUCGCCGGAUGAGAAAACGUUCACGACCCUAAUGCAGGGGUAUAUUGAGGAAAGUGACAUGAAAGGUGCAUUGAGAAUUAGGGACCAGAUGGUAGAAUACGGGUGCCCUCGGACUAAUGUGACUAUUAAUGUUUUGGUUAAUGGGUUUUGCAAAGAGGGUAAGGUUGAGGAAGCGUUGAGUUUUAUAGAAAAGAUGUCGAAUGAGGGGUUCUCCCCGGAUCAGUUUACGUUUAAUACGUUGGUGAAGGGGUUGUGCAGGGUGGGGCAUGUUAAGCAUGCUUUGGAGAUCAUGGAUGUGAUGCUCCAACAGGGAUUUGAUCUGGAUAUUUAUACGUAUAACUCAUUGGUUUCUGGGUUGUGUAAGUUGGGUGAGAUUGAAGAGGCAGUGGAAAUUCUUGAUCAGAUGGUUUCCAGGGACUGUUCCCCAAAUACCGUCACAUAUAAUACUCUGAUUAGCACGUUGUGUAAGGAGAACCGGGUUGAAGAGGCAACUAAACUUGCACGUGUUCUUACUAGCAAGGGAAUCUUACCUGAUGUUUGUACUGUCAAUUCCCUGAUUCAAGGUCUCUUCUUGAACAGUAAUCAUAAAGCAGCUGUGGAACUGUUUGAGGACAUGAAGAUGAAUGGAUGUCAACCUGAUGGGUUUACUUACAGUAUGCUGAUUGAUAGCUACUGUUCUAGAGGGAAGUUAAAGGAGGCUCUGAACCUGCUGAAAGAAAUGGAGUUGAGAGGCUGCGCACGAAAUGUAGUUAUAUACAAUACUCUCAUUGAUGGAUUGUGUAAAAACAAGAGAAUCGAAGAUGCAGAGGAGAUUUUUGAUCAGAUGGAACUCCAGGGGAUUUCAAGAAAUUCAGUGACCUACAACAUCCUUAUUGAUGGCCUUUGUCAGAGUAGGAGGGUGGAGGAAGCUUCUCAGCUUAUGGACCAGAUGAUAAUGGAAGGCUUGAAGCCUGACAAGUUCACCUACAAUUCCCUGCUCACAUAUUUCUGUAGGGCGGGGGAUAUAAAGAAGGCAGCAGAUAUUGUUCAGACAAUGACUUCAAAUGGGUGUGAACCAGACAUAGUCACAUAUGGGACCCUGAUUGGGGGGUUAUGUAAGGCAGGUAGAAUUCAGGUUGCAAGUAGACUCCUCAGAAGUCUGCAGAUGAAAGGGUUGGUUCCGUCUCCACAAGCGUAUAACCCUGUAAUACAAUCACUAUUUAAACGAAAGAGAACAACAGAAGCCAUGAGGCUUUUUCGAGAAAUGAUGGAAAAAGGUGAUCCUCCAGAUUCUAUAACAUAUAAGAUUGUCCUUCGCGGGCUUUGUAAUGGUGGAGGACCAAUUGCAGACGCAGUUGAAUUUGCAGUUGAGAUGAUGGGGAAAGGAUAUUUACCAGAAUUCUCAUCAUUUGCUAUGCUGGCCGAAGGACUCCAAGCUUUAUCUAUGGAGGAUACCUUAAUUAACCUUGUUGAUAUGGUCAUGGAGAAAGCAAAACUUUCAGACAGAGAAGUUUCCAUGAUAAGCGGUUUCCUCAAAAUUCGUAAAUAUCAAGAUGCAUUGGCCACUCUUGGUGGUAUCUUGAAUAGCGAAAAGCCGAAAAAAUCUUAUUGGCAAAGAUGA